AUGAAGUUCUCUAUCGCCAUCACAACACUUGCUUCAGCCAUGAGCAUAUCUGCUUCUCCUCUAUCAUUCCUACGCAAAAGAGAGUUUGGAGGUGUCUUACUAUGCACAGGUGCCAACUCAACAGGCACUUGCUCUUACGAUGUGUAUGAGCUCGACAAAUGCCAUCAACUUAAAGCGCCUUUCUAUCAAAACACAAGCACAUUUUCCCCGGAUGGCGAGGAGUUUUACUGCUACCCGCAUUACAACUACGAGAACAAGAACAAUUUGACGGCUAUCAAGUGGAACACCAUCAUCAGCAGCUUUGACUGUACACGCAGAUAG